AUGGCGGAGGGAGAGGGAGAGGGAGGUGAGUUCGAGGCGUCGGAAGGCGCGGUGGUGCUGGCGGAGCACCGGCGGACGGUGGCGGAGCUGUUGGCGGAGCUGGAGGCGGAGAGAUCAGCGUCGGCGACGGCGGUGAGCGAGGCCAUGGCGAUGAUUCUGCGGCUGCAGAGGGAGAAGGGGCUGCUCCUGAUGGAAAAGCGCCAGUUCCAGCAGGCGGCAGAGGAGACGAUGACCUACCACCAGGAGCAGCUCCUCCGCCUCGAGGACCUCCUCUACCGGCGCGAGCAGGCGCUGCAGGCGCUCUCCUGCGAGGUGCAGGCCUACCGCCACCGCCUCCUCAGCCUCGGCAUCUCUCCUGAUUUCUCGCCCAACCGCAGCGAGGAGGAGGAGGACAAUUCCGAGAUGGGGAACCUGGAUAGGAGGCUACGGGGGCUGGAAGCAGAGAGGGAGACGAUGCGGCAGGUGGUGGGCUCUCUGCAGGUGGACAUGGCACUGCUGAGGAAGAUCGCCCGGCGAAUCGGAGAAGAGGAAGAGGAACAGGAGGCUUCUCCUUCCUCCUCGACUCCCCCACCAGCGGCGGCGGCGACGACGACGACGACGGUGAAGGAGGCGCAGCACCCGCCCUGGUGUGUUGGGUUCUUCUUGUGGACGACGAUCAGGGCAAUCCCAGCCUUCUUCCUGGGGGGAAGCUUCCCAUUCCUGCUCAAGAUCAGGGAACUCGUCGAGGUAUUACUACACAAUCUGGUCCGAACCUCCCCUAAAAAAUACGUUUUCUUUCAAAUUCAGAGAAGAUGACUCGCCCCUUUUCCUUCAACGUCUCAUUUCUUCAGCCAAUUUUCCCCCAUAACUCUGAUCUUCGCUUCCCAGCGGACCCUCUCGUUCGUCUGCUCGAGGAAGAACGCCGACGCCGGCAGGCGCGUAGAAGAGCACCAUAUGCGCGCUUCUUCUUCUUCUUCCCUCAACUUCCCAGUGAUUGAAUCCGACCCUCGUUUGAUCAGCAGCCAUCGCGAGAACAGGGGUUGCAGGCGGGUUACGCCGGGGACUCCAAGCGGCGGGGCUGCCUCCUCAUCCUCAUCCUCCAUGGGCUUCCUGGUCCUGCUCCUCCUGCUCGACUCGUCCUCCCCCCGCAUCCGACUCCAACUCCUGAGGCGUCUCUCCCAGAUGCGGAGUUCUUGA